CCCAAAAGUAUUUGAAGAAUGAAUCACUCAUGUGCUUUUUAUUGUGUCUUAUUCAGAUCUGACUGCAGCAGGAUGUCAUCAUCUGGCAUUGAGCAUAUGACCAGUCGGGUCAGGCAGCAGCGGCAGCAACAGCUCCUGCUAAUGAACUUGCAUCUGCUGGCCAACCCUGGAGACUCACUGCUGCUGCAGCACACCCUGGAUCGCCUCCUCCGUUGGCUCUGUCCAAGCUUACACAUCUUCCAUGUGUCAGAGAGGGCCUCUCCAUUUAGAAGUUACACCCGCCUCUGUCCUGUGGCAGGCUACCCAUCUCUGGCCAUCACCUUCUUCCUCCAUGAGGCCUAUGGAGAGGAGCGAAUCCUCAAAGUGCUGGACUUCUUUCAGCGUCCACCCUGGCAGUACCACCACACUGAGACCUGCGGCAGCCGAACUGGAGGGAUCCACAUUACCUCCAGCAGCUCCCCCGCCAAUGCCAUGCUGCGGCCCUACCUCCUGCCCAGCAGAGACUUCUAUAGUUUGGGUGCAGGUAUGCCUGUGUGGGGGGUUCGACCAGUCCACUGUGGAGGUGAAAUACUACGUGUGACACUCUACAGUGGAUAUGACAACUAUGAGGAUGCUGUGCGGCUCUAUGAGACAGUGCUGCAGCGACAGGCAGAGGAGCAGAAGACUGGCUUCUGCUGGUUCACUCUCCACACAGAGCCUGGGUUGUGCCUGCAGCUGGCUUUGAAACAGUUGUCACCAGGGGUUAGAGUGGAGCCAUGCAGCUCUGCCGUGCUGCAGUUUAGUGUGGAAGAAAUUGGCCAGCUAGUCCCUCUGUUGCCCAACCCCUGUACCCCUAUCAGCACUACACGCUGGCAGACAGAAGACCUGGAUGGCAACAAGGUUCUCUUCCAGGUGAAAACCCCGGCUCAACCUCAGCGGCCUCUGACCUGUGCUUUCCCCCUGACAUGCCCCAGCGUGUCCCCUCGAGGAAUGCAGCUCAGGAGCUUGGGACAGGGCCACAGCCUGUCGCCCUGCAGCCUCACAACACCCCUGCCCUGGCAAACACACAGGCAAGCAGGCCACAGACCGCGCAGUGACCCUGUCCUUGAGAAGCUUCAUGGAGGAGGUGGUGGAGCCGAGAGCCAGGGAUCAGGAAGCUGCUGCAGCACCCCUCCAGGCAGCUCCUGUUACUCUUCGCAGCGCAGCAGCCCUGCACCGCCGUCAACCACCAAUCACCCGGACUCUCCUCUGCGCCCCUCCAUCGUGCGUUCGCUCUCUGAUCUCCUUCUGGAAGAAGAUGAGGAGGAGCCAGAGACCAACGUAGACACAGGAGUCCCUGUCUCACUGCACUCUGACACGGUAGUCAAAAUAAUUGCUCGCUCUUCUAUCAUGGACCCUUUGAUGACUCACCGCCCUGAGAGACCUGCAGCUGUUGGGGCUUCAGCUGUUGAGGGUCUGGCCAAGGAGCUGAUUGAAUGUCUGCCACGGACACACAUACACCCUCAGGUCGCCUCCAGGACAUGGGGCUCCUCAGAUGCAGCCAAGAAGGGCUGUGGCAGCAGGACUGUGGCAGCAGGACAAAGCCCCUCAAAAGAGCUCUACGUGGAGAACAGGACUACUGCUGAGCUCCUGUCAGCACACACAAACAAGGAGCCAGUCGAUGAGUUCUUCAUCUAAAAUUCCUGCUAUGACGCCACCUGCUGUGGUAAUAAUCACAGUGCAAAAAAAAGCAUAACAUAUCACACAGAGGACAGCAACACAAGUUGGACACGAUGAGAAACCCUUAAAGAGGCUGUGAAGUUAUGCAGGAGGACAAAGCUGUGUAGUUUGGCGAAAGAGAAAUCCUCUGGAAUACAGAAGAAACCAAAGUUCAGCUGCAGGUGACACUUUCUACUCAGAAAUGUCUAAAGUCUUAAAAUGGUUUGACUCGUCCCAUACAUUUCUACAAUAUACAGUACAAAUGUUCAAAUCCUACUCUCACAGAGCUGCCAAGAGAGCGGUACAAGGUAAGUGAUAUUUUAAAACAGCGCAGGUAAUAAUAUUCUUGAAUGUCGAAAUUAUUUGUAUUUAGAUCCAACUAAUGAUUUGUGCAGCUAUUGUGCUAAAAUGUAGCCAUUUGAAUAGCAAAACAUGAAGGAAAAGCUCUGUAUGAAGUUGUUACUAUCAGGGUACUAAUGCCAGACCAUGUUUCUGUCACGUUACUUAGCUAGGCAAGCUAAUGUUUUAUUUUUUGACUGCUGUUGAAACAGAUGAUGAUCUCAGCGUGAAGGCACUCUUUGAUGUAGCUGUUGAUCGUGAUUAGAAAUCUGAUUAAGUCUGAUUGCUUUCCACAGCGCAGCACUGUCCGUCUGUGUUACAGGCUUUACAUAGUAAAAUUAUAGCUAUAGCUAUUUGUUUAAAUGCACUUCAAAUUAUCUUUACUCUAGUAUUUGUGUGUUAAAAUGUACAAGACAAGUGAUGGACUAGACCAGGCCAAAUUAUUGUAUUGAAGAGGAUUGAAUUUUCUCACAUAAUAUUUUUUUCCUUAGAUAGCCUAGAGUUUACAGAACAUUCGGACUUUACAAAAAUCUUGUAAUAUAAUAUAUUUUAAUAUGAAUCUAACCAUUAGUAGGUAAGGUAUCUCAAACAGCCCAAAUGUGUCCUGGGACAUCAGAAAUGUUAAUUAUUGUAAAGUGAGAGAUCAGCAGACCGAUUAAUUUAAGUAAAAGUUUAACAUGAAUUGGACUGAUCAGGUACAACAGAUGGUAGUCAAACCCACAUUACUGCACAGUGCUCAUGAUCAUUGUAGUGAUUGUAGCUGUUUAAAGUCUGAUAAAAGAUAAUAUUGUAUUAUGAGGAGAGUAAAAUACUAUGCAUUUAAUGACAUCAUGAUUCAUGGCAUAUGAAGACUAACUGUGUCCUGACAGAAUUUCACAAGACAAAACAUUUCAAGUAUGUAAUGUCAUUGUCAAAAUGAAUUAGCUGUAGGAUUAGUAUACUCUAUAGUGAUGUAAGAUCUACAUUGGACUGACUGACGUCUGCUCUGCCUGCAGCGAUGAGAAAUGACACGCCAAGUGAAUAAUCUGAUAAGAUGAAAAGGUCACCAGUGAAUGAAGGAUGUGUCACCGAUUUUAUAACCACCCUGUUAUAAAACUACUGUUGAGUUUGGCCUUCAGUCACAAACCAGACAGAAUUUCAUUUUGGUUAAAUGGAGAAACAUUCACGGUCACGGUUGAAUCAUCAUUAAAUGGUUUCUUAAAAUGCA